UUUGAUAACUGAAACCAACACAGGGGACAGCAAUGAGAACAGGCUAUUCCAAAAUAUUUUUUGAAACCUUUGACUUUGCAUCAAUGUUUGCACAAGCUCUGAUAUCCUGCAUGCUCUGCUUGGUAGGAGCAUGACAGCCCUCGAGUCCCUGGGCUGCACUCACACACAGACCCACCAAGCAUAAUGUUUUUUAUUCCUUCUAUCUUCCUGCUAAUUCCACAUUUUCCUACCCUAAGCAUUUGUCUUUUCCCCUUCCUGAUUAUCCUCUCCUUACAGUAAUUAUUAAAUUGUUUUUUCUGCCUCUUCUCACUCUUUCAGUAUACUUUGAGGAGUGGAUCUUCUUGCAGGUAUUCCUUGCCAUAGAUGUCUUUUUACUACAACUUUCUCAAGAUUUUCAAGGGUGGGGUAUUCAGUUAUCCUCCUAUAUACAAGCAUGCACCUAACUACCAGUGACACACGUCAGGAGCCUGAUGAAGUCAUGAGCAAUCUACUUUCUUUUAGCUCACACCACUUACAACUGUGCGCGGUAUCGUUAGCAACUUCCUGGAGCUUUUGCAGAACUGCCUGUGAGUACAGCACGAGGUGAAGCACUUCAUCGUCUCCUUUGCAAAAGCCAGAAAGAAAAGAAGGAACAUCUACUGGGAAAAAAAAAGAAAAAUGGAAAAUUGUACAAACACAAAUAACAGCUCCUCUUGCACAGGAAUUCCCUACAAAGACAGUAAGAUGCUUCUGGUUGCUGUUUACAGCAUUGUUUUUGCCAUAGGUCUUCCAGCAAAUUGCUUAACCUCCCUGCUUACGUUCAUACAAAUCCAAAGGAAUAAAGUAAUUGCCAUCUACAUUUUCAGUUUAUCAUUGUGUGAGCUGAUGUAUUUAAGUACCUUGCCUCUCUGGAUUAUCUACGUGCAAGAUGAGCACCAGUGGAAAAUGGGUAUAAUGGCUUGCCAAAUAACAGGAUUCAUCUUUUUCUGCAACAUAUACAUCAGCAUUCUGCUUUUGUGCUGCAUUUCUCUGGAUCGUUAUGUGGCAGUGGUGUAUGCUCUGGAAUCAAGGGGGAAAAGAGGACAGAAAAAAGCAAUCAUAAUAGUGUGUUUUCUCUUUGCUGUGGUUGCAAUAAUCCACACUCCAGUAUUUUACAUGGAAGACCAUCCAGGUCAUAUGAAUAAGACGACCUGCUUUGAGACUUUGCCCCUUGACAUAAAACUGGCUACUUUUGGCAUUGCCAGAUUCCUAUUUGGAUUUGCCAUACCUUUCACAAUCCUUAUUUUCACAAACUACAAGAUUUUCCAAAGUACAAAAACAAGCAGCAGCCUGACUUGUCGUCAGAAAGCCAAAGUGAAGUAUCUGGCUGUCACCAUUAUUGUUAUUUUCCUGAUCUGCUUUGCUCCCUACCACGUGGUACUCAUAAUAAGAUCCAUAUACUUUAUGUUCCAUCAGAAUUGCUCAUGUCCAUUUGAAAAAGAAAUAUACUCGAUUUUUACAGUGUUUCUGUGUUUAGCCACUGCAAAUAGCAUUGCCGAUCCAAUCAUCUACGUGCUGGUUAGUGAAAAUGUCAGGAAAGAUUUCUAUAGGAGUCUGAGAAGAUGGAGAUUGAGCGCAUUCAGGCUGAAUUUAUCCAGUAAUCACAAGAGUGACAGCACAAAAUUGAAAAUGUCAAAGGAAUCACAGGAAGGAGGGCUAAGAGAAGAAAACAAAGACAUACCAGAUUCAUCUGACAGUCCAAAGACCUGUAAUAGCAGCAAAGACCAAGAAGGGGGCAGCUAGCAGUUAGCUGCUGACACAAAUAAGAAGUUCCUACUGCCAGCUGCGGGCUGCAGACUGCAGCACGCAAGCGUUUACAUGCUGACGUCCAUAGGAAGUUUUGGCAUAGCAAAUGGGACGUAACUCCUGAGGAUGCUACGGGAGCGAUACUUCUCAUUUCGGUUUGUCUCCUGCAAUAAAGUCCGCCCAUGAGUAUAAUUGGUGAAAAUAUUGCUUUGCUAAGGACAUGUAGAAUAAACUAAGUAACUUACUUUGAAUCAAAUUGAAAACUUAAAAGCUUAAUUUUUGGAGUCUUUUCCCUGUAUGGAUUUAGAACCAGUUUUAUCUUCUGAGAUGGAUAAAAAAAAAAAGUCCCUGCUGAGAAGAACAACGUAAGGCCCACUUUUACCGUUGACAUUUCUAGCUCUUGAGGAGGUACAUGUUCCUGUUCUCAUGCACGUACUCUUUUGUUAACGUUUGUGGUUAACCAGUGGAAAAUAUUAAAAACAAGGAAGUCUUUCAACAAGAGCCAUGAAAAUGUUCCUAAUACUUCAGUGUGCAGCUUUCUCUACCUUGCACAUUCUGAGGAGAAUUAGAGGGCAAAACAGUGGCCUGACAACACGGAACAACAGCAUUUCUACUGCAUUAGUCAAGAUCCUCCAUUGUCCUGAAAUUCUUAAAAUGCUUGACAUGUUACAGUCAGUAGAUUUUACUUGGUUUUGCAGUUAAGUCUGGAAUGCACUGAAGUAUAUAGAAAAUGUAUACGUUUCUGUGUUGCAUCAGGGCCAAAUGCCGGGUCCUGCACUUGGGGCACAACAACCCUAUGCAGUGCUACAGACUGGGGGAAGAGUGGCUGGAGAGCUGCACGGAGAAGGACCUGGGGGUAAUGGUUGACAGCGACUGAACAUGAGCCAGCAGUGUGCCCAGGUGGCCAAGAAGGCCAACGGCAUCUUGGCUUGGAUCAGAAACGGUGUGACCAGCAGGUCCAGGGAGGUGAUUCUCCCUCUGUACUCAGCACUGGUGAGACCGCACCUUGAAUACUGUGUUCAGUUCUGGGCCCCUCACCACAAGAAGGAUGUUGAGGCUCUGGAGCGUGUCCAGAGAAGAGCAACAAAGCUGGUGAGGGGCUGGAGAACAAGUCUUAUGAGGAGCGGCUGAGAGAGCUGGGGUUGUUUAGCCUGGAGAAGAGGAGGCUGAGGGGAGACUUUAUUGCUCUCUACAACUACCUGAAAGGAGGUUGUGGAGAGGAGGGAGCUGGGCUCUUCUCCCCAGUGACUGAGGACAGGAGAAGGGGGAAUGGCCUGAAGCUCCACCAGGGGAGGUUCAGGCUGGAUAUCAGAAAAAAAUUCUUCACGGAAAGAGUCAUUGGGCACUGGCAGAGGCUGCCCAGGGAGGGGGUGGAGUUGCCUUCCCUGGAGGCGUUUAAGGAACAGGUGGGUGAAGUGCUUAGGGACAUGGUUUAAGGGAGUGUUAGGAAUGGUUGGACUCGAUGAUCCAGUGGGUCCUUUCCAACCUGGUGAUUCUAUGAUUCUAGGAUUCUAGGGGCUGUUGUUAUGCUGCUUCUGAACAUUUGUUGAAUUAGUGUUUUAUUUCUGACUUAGCCAAUGCUUCCCUUUUGCUAUUGAUCCACCUUUUACUGUGUAGGAAUCUGUACAAGAGUUAAGUGCUUUACUGGCAAGGAAGGGCUGGCAGCCUAAAGAACACCGUCCCUUCUCCCCAUGGACGGGAACUCCCUUGCACACGCUGGUGGUGUACACGUGAGAGAAUGCUGGGGCAGAUUUUGUUGUUGUUGCUGCCACUUUCGCUAUGA